AUGGAAGAGAAUGACUCCAAUACUGGUUUGGUUCUAGCUGAAACGAGCAAAGAAACACACCAAGAUCGUUUAGAAUUGCUACUGGCUGAGAAUCCACAUAAGAGUUUCGCUGUUGCACUGUUUUUGGUCCAACUACGCCUCGCGCUUCAAACCGACAGGACUGAUUCGAGUAGUAUUGAUGACGUAUGGAUAGUUCAGGACCCUAAUGAACGAUUAUUGUCUCGAACAGGUGGCUCCUACUGGCAAAGUCAAGAUCUUUGUACACAAUGUCAAUCCAUCGAUCUGACCCAGAUAUGUUCGGAGGGCAGUCUUUACGGAAAUGGCGGGAAUGACGUCUCGCUACAUACCCUCGAGACUUCAACAUGUCCUUCAUGUCGUUUCCUCACCUCACAGUUGCACCGCAGGGAUAAAGCUGUCAGAUCGGGGGACCCGAUAAUAAUACAGCUGAACAGGUCCAUUUUGAAUGGAAUCGAUCACGUUGUUAUACAGCACAACAACAAACUGGAGUACAUCCUACAGAUCACUGAUGAGAACCUGCUUCAAAAGCCAGGUAGAAUUGGGCAGUAUCGGCAAAUAGAUCCGAGACAGGUUGAUUAUAACAUGAUCAGGAGCUGGAUCGCCCAUUGUUACCGCACUCAUGGUAAAUUAUGCCAAAUGCUUACAGCAAAUCCACUGCGGAUACCAAAGUUCAGACUACUGGACUGCAAAACCUUGGCUGUGGUGGAACUGGCAGAGUUUGUUGACUAUGUUGCACUCAGCUACGUAUGGGGUUCUUCGUCUAAGCUACCAGGGGGCGAUCAAGGCGUCCUGUCUAAAGCUGUGGUUAGAGACGCCAUGCACGUUACAAUCCAACUCGGAUUUCGAUAUAUAUGGGUUGAUCAACUGUGUAUCGACCAGACAAACGCUCAAGACAUGAGCUGUCAGUUGGGUCAGAUGAAUACUAUCUAUAACCAAGCAAGUAUCACCAUAAUAGCUGCUGCCGGGGAGAGUUCAUCGUAUGGUUUACCUGGUGUCGGGCAACGUUCUCGUACGAUUCCAAAUAACUUCACCCUCAACGGAACGACAUGGAGAUACAAGCCCAUGUCGUUCAAAAGUCACGUGGGCGCUUCAAAAUGGUCAACAAGGGGGUGGACGUACCAAGAAGCAGUCUUCUCACGCAGGUGCGUCAUCUUUGCUGAUGACCAGGUCUUCUACCAAUGUGGAUGCAUGACUUGCGCCGAGGAAUUGAUACAAGACUUUGCAAUUUGCGAACGUACAGUUUUCCCCAUAUUUGAGCGGAUCUUAUACAAAGACUCAGACAUAGGCACAUAUUUACCAAGGAGUUGGAGGUUCAUGACAAACUUGGAGGCAUACUCCAAGCGUGAACUUACAUACGACUCCGACGUGUUGAGGGCAAUGGAGGGUGUUUUUGGCUUCUAUGCCCAAUUAGAACCAUCAGUAGAACAAUACUGGGGUCUACCACUACGAUGGGCUGGCUGUCAACUUUCCAACCUGGAUGAGAAAAAUGUUUACCAUGUUGCAAAAUCGAAGCAUAAUGAUGUCAUGGGUGCUAUUCUUUGGGCAAUGCUAUGGGAGCCAGCGUGGAGUGAAUACCACAUUCUAAAGACUGGGUUUGUCAGGAGGGAUGGUUUUCCGACAUGGUCAUGGUCCGGCUGGAAGGCCGGAGUAAGAUGGAACUUCUUGGAGAAUGUCGAACAUCUGGAAAAGAGCUUUACAGCGCCCCUAUUUGUGGAAACAACAGCAGGAGGCCUUGUGGAACUAAAUGACGCGCUUGCACGGCCGCUCACUUCCGGUCAAUCCUACGCGAGUUUGGGAUUGACCUAUAUCUUGAGAAUAACGACCAAGGUUUUCGAUGUCCCUUUUAUAGAACGCGCGCCCUAUAAGCCCACGACGAGCUGGGCAAAGAGCGACUCGUUUCCUGCCAGACGCAAAGGCCAGCACUGGGUCACCAAAGAGGAUCACUCCUUCGAAGGGAAGUGGACUCAUUUUGUUGUUCAAAAGAACAUCGAGACUUCUGAGAGAGGGCUGGUCUGGUCCUUGGAUCUCACACAUGGCGGUGCAGCCACUAGCUCUGACCUUGUCCCCGAUAUCGACACCAACGUUAAUCCCAUGACACUCCGAUGUAUAGUCAUCAGUUACGACUACGGGAUGAUUGUACAGUGUAGCAGUGGCAUCUCUAAGCGAGUCGGGUUGUUGCGCUUUGAAGGAGAGUUCUUCGAGAAUGGUCGAAUAAAUACUGACGAAUACGGCCACCACGAUGAUAGCGUGAAAUGGCCAUGGACUGACUCUGUGCAGAGCAAAGAUCUUAGAGACCACUUUCCAGGUGUUGAGCGGACUGCUAGUGAGGAGUUGCUGGCGUGCGCAACCCCUGUGGCAAUGGCAUUCAACUGA